UAUUUCGCUACCUCAACUGGCAAUGACAAUCGCUUCUUUCUUCCGCGUCUAUAAAUACGAUCUCUCAUUCCACUCGAAUCGAAAUCACUGAACCAGCCAGCUAUUUUUGUACAGAGGAAAUGAAAAUACGUGAGAUUACACUUUAUUGUUAUUUAAUCAUCGUCCGAAUGAACGAGAAGCGGUACUAAUUGAUUAUGAUAAUGUCUCAUAAAUUAUUUCGUACAUAAUUUUGUACAUAACUCGUCGACGACCGAUCGAUGCGAUUCCCCCGUUUGAGAGAGUCGCUAAAAAAAAGAAACAUCUCAUCGCUUAUGAAAGACGAAAUAUUAUUUAUUGCCCUGGCGAUUAUCCUCGUGAUACUCCUCCGCGAUCGACGUUCCACGAGCCAAACAUCGCCUGGCGAACGCGCCGCGGGAGCCUUCGGAGGAGCCGACCGGGGAAUCUCGGCUUCCUGUUACCCAAAGUCCACGGUUAUCAGCGAGCGUCCCCGAUCGCUUCCGCAUCGAGCGGAAGUAUCGAGUAGAUCCCGCGGGUGGGGUUCCCUGGGUGCGUAUAAAGCCGGUGAGAACCGUGCAAUUUUCGUCAGUGGAACAGUACCGGAGAGCAGCGACGAUCCCUUUUCAAACGUAUUCCUUGCGAAGAAGUCAUGACUCGUUGUUCGGUCGCUUGUCUCCUCGUUUUACUGUCGUCGACAUACGCCUGGCCGUUCCGUCGCCGGGACGUGCUGGACAACUCGGUGGACAGUCCCGGUAGCGUGAUCGCUCAUCUGCAACAUUUCGGGGCGAUGUUGUACCGAUUCCCGGACAACGAGACCGGGGCGAUGGUGGCCAACUGGCACGAGGGCUGGGAUCGAAAUCCGGAAGAGCUCGGUAACUAUGCGGAGGGUGACAUCCUGUUCCCACCGCAGCUGGAGAAGAACGGGCUGAAGGCGGAAUCCGCUCGGUGGCCCGGCGGCGUGGUGCCUUACAUGCUCAGCCCUUAUUUCAACGCGGAGCAGAAGGAUCUGAUUCACGAAGCUAUGAACGAUUACCACAAGUACACAUGCAUCAAAUUCAAGCCGUACACCGGCGAGGAGAACGAUUACAUCAGGAUCACGGCGGGUAAUAGCGGUUGUUGGAGCAGCGUGGGAAGGGUCGGCGGGCGACAGGACGUGAACCUUCAGGUACCAGGGUGUCUGGUGAAAAAGGGUACAGUCAUCCACGAGCUGAUGCACGCCGUCGGAUUCCUGCACGAACAGAGCAGAUACGAGCGGGACGAGUUCGUCACGAUCCAGUGGAACAACAUCUUGAAAGGCCAUUCUGGGAAUUUCGAGAAGGCCUCGAGGGAGACUACGGACGCGUUCGGCGUAGGAUACGACUACGGCAGCGUGAUGCACUAUUCUGCGAACGCGUUUUCCAGGAAUGGGCAGCCCACCAUUGUGCCAAAGGGUACUGCAAAGUCCCAACUGGGUCAGAGACAAGGGUUCAGCAAGAGGGACAUACAGAAGAUCCGCAAGAUGUACAAAUGCAACAAGCGCCGACGAAGCAGCUAUUGAUUACCGGGCCUGCGAGCUCUUCUCCGGAGCAAAGGGAAUCGUGAAUCUAGUCCUCUACAAUAUAUCUAUACGUGUAUUACCGUGUUACUUUUAAAGUGCAUCCGAUCGGCGAACAGAAUUUCGCGGCGGAAAUGGCAAAUCGAUAUCGACGACGAAGAGAGACCUGCUUUUUUAUAUCUGCUUCCGUGUGUAAUGUGUGUGUGUGUGUGUGUGUGUGUGCGAAUCGAUAGUUUUUGCGUAAUUAAUGUUUCCGACGUUCUAAUCAGAUAGGCUGGAUAAAUAAAUGCGUUCUUUCAAAAUCUCUGUUUUAUUCAGCCUUUCACCAACGCUUUGAUCUUUUAUAAUAAUUUUCUUGGUAAUAUUAUAUAUGCAUGAAUGCACGCACGUUUCAUGCGAGUUUAAUAGGAUUCGGAAUCGGAAAUGGUUCGCCGAUUUUAAUAAAAUUUCAUUCGUCGAUUAAUAAACGGGCGGGUUGUGCGAUCCGUUGGCGUACAAUAUGCACAGAUGCAAAUGCACUGUUUAAAUAUAGAUAAUAUACGCUGUCGUGCGUCGUUUCAUGCGGGACAGCAGGAGGAAAAAAAGGAAGGGACGCGGAAAACAGAAAAGAGCCGAUAGAAUAUGAAACACUAUGCAUACACGUGGCCUUCUC